GCGAAAACAAAAUUUUUAUUGAUCUGAGGUUUUGUAAUCGCCUGUUGCACAUUUCUAUAAAUUUAAAAAAUCUAACAGUCAAUAACUUAACAAUAAACCAAUUUGACUGUUAAAGUGUUUAAGUUGUAUUUUUUUUACAGCUCUAUAACCUUCACGAAGUUACUUUCAUAUCAAGUUAAUCCGAAUUCCACAACCUGUUUUGCCUUGGAUUACAUAAACAGAAUUUUAAUCAACCAAUGAUUUAUAUUUUCAAGACCAGUUUAUUCAGUACCUGUAAAUCUAUCAUAGUAAGUUAGUUUUCUUGUUGGAAGUAGUAACUGUUGUCGAAUAUUGAAUUUUGUCGAAUAUUUAUGGAAAAAGGAAGAUGGCUACUAGCACUUUGGUGAAUUUAAAAGAAGGCACCAUUCGAGGGAAAGUGUUAACUGCAACAUCAUUCUCUAAAAAGAAGUAUUUUGCAUUUCAGGGAAUCCCAUAUGCUCAACCACCUGUUGGUAAUUUACGAUUUAGAGAUCCUCAGCCUCCUAUUCCAUGGCAAGGAAUAAAAGACACAGUGAGAGAAUCCCCACCUUGUCCACAGAAACAUAUUUUGCUGCAAGACACUGUGGGCAAUGAGGACAACUGCUUGGGACUCAACGUCUACACUCCCGAUUUCUCCGCAGCCAAGCCGGUGAUGGUCUGGAUCCACGGAGGAGGGUUCACAUUUGGCAGUGGACACACAGACCUGCAUGAUCCCGAGUAUUGGAUGGAACGAGAUGUUGUCAUUGUUACCUGCAACUACAGGGUCGGCGCUUUGGGGUUUCUAUCACUAGGAACUUCAGAUGUGCCUGGCAAUGCAGGGCUGAAGGAUCAGGUGAUGGUGUUGCGUUGGGUCCAACGCAAUAUUGCCCAGUUCGGAGGUGACCCUGGUAAUGUGACCUUGUUUGGUGAGAGUGCUGGAGGAGCUUCGGUCCACUACCACCUUCUAUCCCCGAUGUCCAAAGGUCUGUUUCAUCGAGCCAUCAUUAUGAGCGGGAGCAGCCUGAAUAGUUGGGCUUUCAGCAGUGAGGCUGUGGAGAAGUCUCGCCUCUUGGGGGAGAAGAUGGGCUGUACCUCCCAGGAUCCUCAGGAGGUACUCCAGUACCUGCAAACUGUUCCUGCCUUCGACCUUGUGAAGGCUCAGUACAAGGUGGUCACAGCCCAGGACAAGCAAGAUAUCCAAGUGUUUCCGUUCACCCCCAGUGUAGAAACGCAGGAGGGGGAAGGUGAGAGGUUCCUGACAGACCACCCCCGUUCUCUACUACAGAAGGGUCAGGUGGCUCCUGUGCCUCUUAUAGUUGGGGUCACCGACAAGGAAGGCAUGCUAGUCUUGAAUGAUAUUCCUCAUUCAGAUGAUUACUUCAAAGUGUUGAACAACAAUUUUUCCCGAAUAGUCCCUGGAAAUCUUGGACUUCCCACGAAUGGUGCAGAGAUGAUCCGUCAAUUCUUCUUUGGAGAUAAACCUAUGAACUGGGACAUUGUGCCUCAGUAUCUGGAUUAUUAUGGGGAUAUAUUCUUCUACAUCGGAGUGGACGAGAUGAUAAAGUUACACAUGGCCUGUGGAGUGGCACCCAUCUACUGCUACAACAUAACCUUCGACGGUCAGCUUGGCCUCCUGUCCUGGUACCUUCCGCAGGUCUAUCCCCAGUGUGACCUCAGAGGUGUGAGCCAUGCUGAUGAUCUUGGAUAUAUAUUCAAGAUGAACAUCCCUGGACCACCAGAGAUGAGUGUGGGAUCACCAGAGGAGCAAGUGGUCAAAUGUAUCACUGGCUUAUGGUACCAGUUUGCUCUGAGUGGGAACCCAAACGGAGGCGAAGCACAGACAGUUGUCUGGGAGCCAGUUGUGAAGGACCAGUCUGGCUGGAAAAACUACCUGGAGCUUGGCAAGGAGCCGACCAUGAGACACUGCAGGCUCCUGCAGCAGAGGAUGGUGUUCUGGGAGCGGGCGAUGCGUCCUCACUCUGUACUGCAACAGAAACUGUGACCAAUGUUAGGAAACCACGAUCUUGCCAGCCAGCAUCUUUGUAAAAUUUGUAAACUAGGGGCAUAACCAAUUCAGGUUGUGUCUGAAUCACUGUGACACACUUCUAGGAUAAUAGUUAUUCCCUUUGGAGCUAGAAUCGUCCUUGAUGGAAUUUGUCUUGCUUUUAACAGAUAUCAUGAACCAACCUUGUUCUCUUUUCAUUUAAUAUGUCUAUAAUAUAGAGGCGAGUUAGAACUUAAAAGUCCUCUCUUCUAUUUAAUUUCUAAACACCAUUGCUUACAAUGCUAUAUGAGUAGUUGUGUAUAAAGAUGUGGUCUGUAAGAAUAUAUGUAGGUCUAUAUUUAAUAUUUUUUAUCACGAGUAUGAGAGGAGAAUAUUCGUCAAAAAUUUCAAAUUUAGAAUACAUAUUAUAAGCAAUACAAAUUUCAGCCUAUAUAUUUUUUAAGUUAAACAUAUCUAUUGUAAAACUGCAUUUUAUAAAUAAUCUAAAACAUGAAAGUGGGAGGUAGAUGAUAAGACUAUUAGUUCUUAAGAUACUACCAUUUCCUAGAACCUCUGCAAAUUUAUUAAAAUUGCUUUGUAUUCUUGGCUUACUUUUUCUGUUGGAAGGCCUCCAAAGGUUUAAGAAUGGCAAAAAUUGGUUAAGUAAUGGUUUUAUUUAAAUUAUACUUAAACUAAAAAAAAGUUUUUGUGAUAUGGAACUUGAGAAUAGGAAAUACAUUUUUUAAGUUUUGAAUCAGAUUAAAGAUUAAAAAACUAAAUUUC